AUGGUAGGUACACUUGCGAAACAAUCCCUUGUAUACAUCCCAACACUCAAACAUAUACUUUUCAUCAACUUGACGAAAGGAACCAAUGCCAUUCUUUGGUUGGGUGUUCAUGUUGGAUGGAUUAUACCGCAACAAAAAGCUUUUUCACAGGAUCUUCAGGAUCCUCAACUUGUUGACCGCCUUGGUUUUGAACUCCUUACAGGGAUCUUUAAGCUCUUUGAACACAUCUUCUUCGAUGAAAAAGGUGUUCAAGUUCAAGUACCAAAGAUCGCCCUCUGGAUUGCCAUGACAGUGACCGCCUUUUUGGUUCCUACUUUUAUCGUACAUAUAUAUGGGGAGAUUGCGCAUUUUGGUGCCGGGGUCUUUCUCUUAGUUCAGCUAGUAAGUGUUAUCAGUUUCAUUACAUGGCUGAAUGAUUGUUGUCAAUCUGAUAAAAUAUCAGAAAAAUGUCGCAUUCAUGUGAUGUCACUUGCAACUGCUGCAUAUGUUAUAUGCAUAGUUGGGAUCAUCAUGAUGUAUGUCUGGUAUGCACCGGAACCAUCCUGCCUCCUUAAUAUUUUCUUCAUCACAUGGAAACUGGUACUCAUUCAGCUCAUGACAAGCGUUUCCCUCCACCCUAAAGUAUUUUCUCGAUACUCCCGGGCUUUCGGUGAAUAUCGGCUACUUGACUCCUGGACUCAUGGGGCUGUAUGUUGUAUUCAUAUGUUGUUAAUCGAUUACAUUUAUGUGUUUGCAGUGAACCAGCUGGGGAAAUUUGCAUUAGGAAGACAGAGGAAUCAAACAGAACAGAUUGGCUGA